GCCUCACAGCAUCUAUAAAUAGAGGCGCCCAAGCUUCAUCCUCUCUCCAUCAAAAACAAAGCCAAGAUUAAUUAUGAUGAUGAUGAUGAGGGUGGGUCUCUUUGUGGCAUUGCUGCUGUGCAUCGCCGCUGCGGCGAGCGCUCAGUCGGCGUCCAACGUUCGUGCAACAUACCAUGAAUACAACCCCGCGCAGCACAAUUGGGAUCUGAAUGCAGUCAGUGCUUACUGUUCGACAUGGGAUGCCGAUAAGCCACUUGCAUGGCGAAAGAAGUAUGGAUGGACGGCCUUCUGCGGUCCCGUCGGCCCGCGAGGCCAAGCCGCCUGUGGCAAGUGUUUGCAGGUGACAAAUACUGCGACUGGCGCACAGGCAACUGUCAGGAUUGUAGAUCAAUGUGCAAAUGGAGGGCUAGAUUUAGACCAUGGUGUGUUCUCUAAACUAGACACUAAUGGGCAAGGCUAUGCUCAAGGCCAUCUGAUCGUCAACUAUCAGUUUGUAAACUGCUAAUACAACAAUUAAUGUUGUAUUAUCAUCUUAUGUAGCCAUCCAGAGAAGAAUGCAAUAAGGAUGAUAACUUGUCCAUUAUUAAUAAAUGCACCAGUAUUUAAAAAGAAA